AUGACAAAAAUAAUUGGACGCGAACUUUUUAAUCAAAUUGAUAAAAAAUAUUAUACACUCUAUGUAGAAUGGCUUGAAUCAUAUUUUAAAGUAAUAUUGUUAGAACCAACAAUGUUGCCAUUAUGUGGUAAGAUGGAUAUUAAAGAGAUGAAUUAUUUUUGCAAAGAACUAGACCAAUCAUUUGAACAAUAUGUUCAUAAAACUAAGGACAUACUUUGUGGGAAAAAUACAGAGAUUCUAUUUCUUAUUGACGACACAACCUUACGAUGGAAGGAUAAUAUGUGGAUUCUCGGAAGAAUCAAUUUAAACCCUAUUUCCGACAUUAAAGUUAUCUCAGAAAGCUUUCAACAAUCUUUGAAGUUUUAUCAAAAUAUUCAGGGCAGAUUAUUAAAUAAACUCGAAGAAGAAAAUAAAAAUUUAAAGGAUACUAAAGCAAAGUUAACAUCAGAUAUAGAAAAAAUUAUAGAAACCAAAACUACUAUGGAGCAGGAUAUGUAUAAAAAAUUUAUCCUAAUAUUAAAUUCUAAGAAAAGGAAGAUACGGGAAAUACAGAAUGCUAUUAAAGAGAAGCAUGACACUAAAGAAUCAGUUUUUGAUGUAUGUACAGAUGAAAGUGAAGCCUCAGAUGAAGAAAAUAAGAAAAGCAAGUUCAUUGAUAAUAAGAAUUUUCCAGCUAUACAAAGGACUACGGUAACCAAUCAAAAAUCUAGUCAUGAAGCAUUUACUAAUAAAGAUUGCACUGAAAAUACCAUAAAAGUUCAAGAAAAUUGUACAAAGAGAGAAGAUGAUUGCACACUAGCAAAGCUGGGUUGUACAUCUGGCACCAAAAAAUCAAGAAGCAGUUUAAAUUUUAUAGAAGAAGAAUCAGAGGAAGAAUUAUUCUCUCAAUGA